UGAGCAUCUUUUUGUAUCGUAUAAUUUAUUGAAAAAAUGGCCCAUCUAUCACUACCAGACCUUUCAUUACAAAAAAAAUACAACUUUUGCAUAUUCCAAAAAUGUGACCCGUGUCCAACCAAGCAGCCCAUCUCCCCAUCCAACAUCAUCGCAUCUUCUCCAUCGAACAUAAUGGCACAUCAUCGCAGAGCCAACCUCGCUCCAUCUUCACUUCUCCUGCGCACGAACAUGGAGGACGGAGCAAAACUUCGACGGCGAGAAGACCUCCAGAGAAGAGAACGGACCUCCAGAGAAGACGAUGGUGAGAAAACCUUAAGAGAAGAUGACGGCGACCUCCAGCGAAGACGAUGGCGACCACCACUGCGGCACUUCAACCUCUUCGCUGCUGCUGUUGGCUUCAACCCUUUCAUUCCUUUAACGAUGGCGCUGAUUGACAAAUUUCAGAUCUGUGGCUGCAAUUACAGAUCUAUGGUGGCUAUUUCAAAUUGUUGGUGCAAGGAUGUCUCGCCGGUGAUGCCGCUGGGCGGCGCUGGGUGGGUUAGGGUGUGGUUUCCGGCAGCGCUGGGGUAGGGUGCGUUGUGGCUGAUGCAGGGGGUUGAUGAGGAGGGGCAAGGGCCGAAUCUGUGUUUGGGCUGGGGUUGAGGCUGAUGUUGAAUCCGGUUGUGACUGGGGAAGGGGGCAGGGAGGGACUAGGUGGUGGUCACCGGAAGAAAACGGUGUGAGGGCGGCCAUUGGGCGGAAUGGGCGGUGUCACUAUGGCCGCCGUCGGUGUCACUGCGGCGGUGUCACUGUAACCGCCGUUGGUGUCACUAUGACUGUCGUCGGUGUCACUGUAGCUGUGGGCAAUCAGCGGGGCAGUCACUGACUCAUUGUGGCCGGCCGAGCAGUCAUUGUGGCCGCCCGAGCAGUCACUAUGGCGGUGGGGUAGUCACUUUGGCCGGAGUCACUUUGACCGGCGGCGGCGGC